AUGGCGGACUUUUUCGCGGCGAAGCACAAGAUCCAGGAGGAGGAGGACGACGGCGUCAAGCUCGUCGGCGGCGGCGGCCACGGCGAGGCCAAGGACGACGACCCGCUCCUCGCGAGCGACAGCGCCCUCCCGGCGCUCGACAGCGCCCUCGUGAGCAAGAUGAACGUCCAGGAGGACGCCCUGGCCCCCUCGGGCACGGGGCGCAGCGAGCUCAGCGCCCUCGACACGACGACGACGGCGAGCUCGGCGACGUCCUUCUCCACGGUCGGCGACGGCGUGAAGCGCGGCCCGUCGACGACGGUCGACAUGCCCGCGAUGCUCCACCGCCUCAACAACGGCAUCCCCGUGCUCAAGCACGGCUCCGACGGCCGCGUCCGCGAGCGCACGCUCUACCUCGCCGCCGACGGCGGCUCCGUGGGCUGGCGCGAGGGCCGCAAGCCCGACCACUUCGUGCCCGUGCGCGACAUCGUCGAGGUCCGCGCGGCGACGGAGCUCGACCCGCAGUCCAUGGAGGGCGACGAGGGUCUGCCGGACGACAAGUGGGGCGACAAGCGCACGAAGAAGCGCGCGCCGCCGAAGAAGGCGCUCCGGGGCGUCGCGGGCACGCCGACGCUGCGGAAGACGUGCAAGCACGACCUCGCGCGCGUGAAGAAGGCCUUCUCCUUCAUUCUCGACCACCGCACGCUCGACUUCGAGUGCCGCUCCGAGACGGAGGCGAAGAUGCUCGUCGCGGCGCUCAAGGUCCUCGUCACCUGCCCCAAGCACCCGGGCGCGGUCUCGGUCAACUGCACGAAGAUCGCCGCGGGCGAGGUCCAGACCUUCGUCCUCUCCGACGGCGGCCACCAGCCCGCGGCGCCCAUCGCCUGA